AUGGAUCUCAAAGAAACGGGCGGUCGGCCACCCCAAGCCUCUUCGGGCGAAGAAAUCACCACUCUACCUAAUGAAAACAGCCGGAGUGCCGAUAAAAAAGAACAAGAUGAUUCGUCUCUGGUCGGUAGCCGGAUCUCAUCCAGUAGCGAUGGCUCUUCAACUUCAGGUCAUCGCAUGACAUCAAGGGUACCAAGUCACGUUAGCGUUCAGAAUGAAGAUGACCUCUUUCGCGUGUUAUCCCGGCGCCGAACAACAGGCAGCGGUGGUUCUGGAACAGAAGGAGUGGAAGACUCGGCAGAGAUAGAACGUCUCAUGUCGCGCAUGUUUGGCCAUGCUAGACAAGAACAAAACCCAGAAGAGAACCUGCGACACAGCGGCGUCAUCUUCCGCGAUCUAACCGUCAAAGGAGUCGGGCUCGGUGCAAGCCUUCAACCAACCGUCGGCGACAUAUUCCUGGGCCUUCCUAGAAAAAUUAGGAAUCUCAUCAGGGGCGGCCGCAAGGCUGCCCAAGCCAAGCCACCGAUAAGAGAGCUGAUUAGCCACUUUGACGGCUGUGUCAGACCUGGUGAGCUUCUGCUUGUUUUGGGGCGUCCUGGAUCUGGAUGUUCGACGUUCCUCAAAGCAUUUUGCAACCAGCGGUAUGGCUUUGAAGCUGUGGAAGGAGAUGUGAAGUAUGGCGGGACGGACGCCAAAGAGAUAGCAAAGCAUUUUCGCGGCGAAGUCAUUUACAACCCUGAAGAUGACUUACACUACGCAACUCUGACAGUGAAGAGAACCCUGUCCUUUGCUCUUCAGACGCGCACACCAGGCAAAGAGGCGCGACUCGAGGGAGAAAGCCGUUCAUCAUAUAUCAAGGAAUUCCUUCGCGUCGUCACAAAACUCUUCUGGAUCGAACACACUCUUGGGACUAAAGUUGGCAAUGAGUUUAUCCGCGGUGUUUCUGGCGGCGAGAGAAAACGUGUCAGUAUCGCAGAGGCUAUGAUCACCCGCGCCUCUGUGCAGGGCUGGGAUAACUCAAGUAAAGGCUUAGACGCAAGCACAGCACUGGAAUACGUGAGGGCCAUUCGAGCAAUGACAAACAUGGGCAAAAUCUCAACCUCGGUGUCACUCUACCAGGCCGGAGAGUCUCUAUAUGAGCUAGUGGACAAGGUGCUACUCAUUGACGGCGGCAAGUGCCUGUAUUUUGGGCCCUCGGAAAAAGCAAAGAAAUACUUCUUGGAUUUGGGCUUCGACUGUCCCGAGCGUUGGACGACAGCGGACUUCUUGACAUCUGUCAGCGACCAGCAUGAACGAAGUAUUCGCCCCGGCUGGGAGCAGCGCAUCCCACGAUCACCCGAUGACUUCUUCAAUGCGUACCGGAAGAGCGAAAUUUACCGCGAGAAUAUCGCAGACAUGGAGGCUUUCGAGAAAGAACUCCACACCCAAGCCGAAGAGCGGGAGGCGGCACACCGCAAGAAAAUAGAACACAACUAUACCCUAGCCUUCCAUCAGCAAGUCAUUGCCUGCACAAAGCGCCAGUUCCUCAUCAUGAUAGGAGAUUCGGCAUCUCUCUUUGGGAAAUGGGGCGGCCUCUUGUUCCAGGGUCUCAUCGUGGGCAGCUUGUUCUAUAACCUCCCUGAAACUGCUGCUGGAGCGUUUCCAAGGGGAGGAACGCUAUUCUUCCUGUUACUCUUCAAUGCUUUACUUGCGCUGGCAGAAAUGACAGCAGCAUUCACCUCGAAGCCCAUCAUGCUCAAACAUAAAUCGUUUUCAUUCUAUCGGCCAGCGGCGUACGCGGUUGCGCAGACUGUCGUGGAUGUCCCUCUGGUGUUCAUACAAAUCGUCCUGUUCAACACCAUCAUAUACUUCAUGUCGCAUCUAGCUCGAACAGCAUCGCAGUAUUUCAUCGCCACUUUAAUAUUAUGGCUUGUUACCAUGGUUACAUAUGCAUUCUUCCGGUGCCUGGCGGCUUGGUGCCCGACUCUCGAUGAGGCGACGCGAGUGACCGGAGUUGCAGUGCAAAUUCUGAUUGUGUACACGGGAUACUUGAUCCCUCCCUCUCAAAUGCACCCGUGGUUUUCCUGGCUUCGGUGGAUAAACUGGAUCUUUUACGGAUUCGAGUGUCUAAUGUCGAAUGAAUUCACGGGCCUGCAACUCGAGUGUGUCCCUCCGUAUCUAGUCCCCCAAGGGCCGGGUACAUCACCACAAUUUCAAUCUUGCACUCUUGCAGGUAGCCAACCGGGUCAGACGACUGUCGAUGGCGCAGCUUACAUUAAAUCUGCAUUUUCGUACACUAGAGCGCAUCUAUGGCGCAAUUUUGGGUUUCUCUGGGCCUUUUUUAUCUUCUUUGUCUUUAUGACGGCGGUUGGAAUGGAGAUUAUGAAGCCGAAUGCUGGCGGAGGAGCAAUCACCAUGUUUAAAAGAGGUCAAGUACCAAAAGCCGUGGAGACUUCUAUAGAGACUGGUGGCAGGGGCCAGGAGAAGAAGAAAAUGGAUGAGGAGUCUGGAGCUGUAUCUCACAUCACCCCAGCCAUGGUCGAAGAGAAGGAGCUUGAGAAUAGCGAUUCAACCGGCGACGGUCCGGAACUUGCCAAGAAUGAAACGGUUUUUACGUUUCGUAGUAUCAACUACACCAUUCCGUAUCAAAAGGGAGAAAAGAAGCUUCUACAAGAUGUUCAAGGCUACGUCCGACCUGGAAAGCUCACUGCUCUCAUGGGCGCAUCGGGUGCGGGAAAGACGACGUUGCUCAACGCCUUGGCACAACGCCUCCGCUUCGGGACGGUCAAUGGAUUCGCUGAGCAAAUGGACAUUCACGAACCCACGUCAACAGUGCGUGAAGCCCUGCAGUUUUCAGCUCUCCUGAGGCAGCCACACGAGGUCCCAAAGGCGGAGAAGCUCGCGUAUUGCGAAACCAUCAUCGACCUCCUUGAGAUGAAAGACAUUGCCGGUGCCACCAUUGGCAAGAUUGGUCAAGGUCUAAAUCAAGAACAACGAAAGCGGUUAACCAUUGGAGUCGAGCUGGCGUCCAAGCCUGAACUGCUCAUGUUCCUCGACGAGCCAACUUCCGGUCUUGACUCUGGAGCAGCGUUCAACAUUGUGCGAUUCUUGCGAAAGCUAGCCGAUGCCGGCCAAGCAGUCUUGUGUACCAUCCACCAGCCAUCAGCGGUCCUUUUCGAACACUUUGACGAGCUCCUGUUACUCAAGAACGGAGGAAGGGUCGUGUACCACGGACCCCUGGGCAAAGACAGCCAGCCCCUGAUCAGAUAUUUCGAGUCCAACGGUGCUCAUAGAUGCCCUCCUAAUGCGAAUCCCGCUGAGUACAUGCUGGAUGCCAUUGGCGCAGGCGAUCCCAACUAUCACGGCCAGGACUGGGGCGAUGUAUGGGCGGCAUCACCAGAACAUGACGAGCGCAGUCGUGAGAUUCAAGACAUGAUCUCGGCACGGCAGAAAGUCGAGCUAUCCAAGAAUCUCAAGGAUGACCGCGAAUACGCCGCACCCUUAUCACUGCAGACAACUCUAGUGGUCAAACGAGCCUUUGUCUCGUACUGGCGAGCUCCAAACUACAUUGUGGGCAAGUUUAUGCUGCACAUCCUCACUGGACUGUUCAACUGCUUCACCUUUUGGCGUCUGGGCUACUCUACAAUCGCGUAUCAAAGCCGGCUCUUCUCAAUCUUCAUGACGCUCACCAUCUCGCCGCCCCUGAUCCAGCAGCUACAACCCGUGUUUCUCAAUUCACGCAACCUGUUCCAGUCCCGCGAGAACAACGCCAAGAUCUACUCGUGGCUAGCAUGGGUCACCUCCGCCAUCGUCGUCGAAAUCCCAUACGGCCUCGUAGCGGGCGCAAUUUACUUCAACUGCUGGUGGUGGGGGAUAUUUGGCACGCGCGUCUCCGGCUUCACGUCCGGCUUCUCCUUUCUACUAAUGAUGGUGUUUGAGCUGUAUUACAUUAGCUUCGGCCAGGCCAUUGCCUCUUUCGCGCCGAAUGAGCUGAUGGCAAGUCUCCUGGUACCCGUCUUCUUCCUCUUUGUGGUCAGUUUCUGCGGUGUUGUCGUGCCUCCGAGGCAGCUGCCGACUUUUUGGAGGAGCUGGAUGUACUGGCUCUCCCCCUUUCACUAUCUCUUGGAAGCCUUUCUGGGUGCCGCCAUUCACGAUCAUCCAGUUCAGUGUAGUAGCAGCGAAUUUGCACGCUUCAGCGCUCCGCCAGGCCAGACCUGUGAAAGCUAUACAGCUUCGUUCAUCAAUCAAUCUGGUGGAUAUGUGCAGACGGCAGCAGACGGCUUGUGUGAAUUUUGUCAAUAUGCAACGGGAGAUCAGUUUGGUUUGGGUUUCAGUGUCGAGUAUAGCCAUAUUUGGAGGGACUUUGGCAUCUUCUGCGGCUUCAUUGCGUUCAACUAUGGGGUUGUGUAUUUCUCGACUUGGUUGAAGUUUUCUGCGAGGAACCCAUUCAAGAUUGUCAUGACGAAGCUGGGGAGAAACAGCCACAGAGCUGAUUAA